AUGACCCUUUCCCUCAAGUACCUUUCCUCAUUGCUGCUACUUAUACAGCUUGAAUUACGAAGUGUAAACUCCUGGGGUGUUGUCCCUGUUCAAAGAUAUCCAAAACAAACAAGUCAAAUUUUUCAAGCUGGAGGGAACGACGAGGACGACGGCGAAUGGGUCGACUAUGACGAUUUGGAAGUCUUGCAGGGCGACGAAACAGAAUAUGGAGACAGAGAAGAAGAUUGGAUUCCUGAUGCUGCACGUGCAAAGAAAAAGCCAAAACAUUUGACUCCAGCUAACGAGGUCAUCAAACCGAAGGAACCAAAAAAGAAAGGAGAAAAGACAAAUGCUAUGAUGGAGGACUCGAGACCGACUCCGUACACUGAGGACGAAGAAGAAAUAAUUGCAGCAAUGGGAGGUAAACAACGGAAGAGUAAAAAGAGAGAAGAUGGAUUUUUGGGUGAUUGUACCCUUGCCGAAAUUGCGUUGGACUAUUCGGUUCCGAUUUGCUACCUUGCAGACGUCUUGUGUAUGUGGGGAGUACCUGUGCCCAUCGAUAUCAACUCUCGUCUAGGAGAUAUGGUUACGGGGGAACAAGCGUUCGCUCUUGUCGAAGCGGUAAACUCUUUGGAUAUUGGAGCUUUGCAAGACAGAUAUGCGAAUCAAGACAUGGUGAAAAUGUGUCACGAAUGGGAAAUAGACAUCAGAGACGCUUUUGCUUUCGCAAUGAAAGAAGGCUGGAGCUUACCAUUCGGGGUACGAACUGUCCUUAGACAGGAACAAGAAGAUGAAUUGCUCCGGGUCUACUCUAAACUGUACACUGAAUAG